AUGAAGCAGGAGGAGCUGGCUGACCAUCUGCAGAGAACUCUUGUUUCACUGUGCCAGAGAAAAAUAAAGUCCAAUAUUCAGAAGAAGUUCCAGUGUGUAUUUGAGGGGAUCUCUAAAGCAGGAAACCAGACCCUUCUGAAUCAGAUCUACACAGAGCUCUACAUCACAGAGGGAGGGACUACAGUGGUCAAUGAUGAACAUGAGGUCAGACAGAUUGAAACAGCAUCCAGGAGACCAGACAGACCAGAAACAACAAUCAGACAAGAAGACAUCUUUAAAGCCUCACCUGGAAGAGAUGAACCAAUCAGAACAGUGCUGACAAAGGGAGUGGCUGGCAUUGGGAAAACAGUCUUAACACAGAAGUUCACUCUGGACUGGGCUGAAGACAAAACCAACCAGGACAUCCACUUCACAUUUCCAUUCACUUUCAGAGAGCUGAAUGUGCUGGAAGAGAAAAAGUUCAGCUUGGUGGAACUUGUCCAUCACUUCUUUACUGAAACCAAGAAAGCAGGAAUCUGCAGGUUUGAAGAGUUCCAUGUUGUGUUGAUCUUUGACGGUCUGGAUGAGUGUCGACUUCCUCUGGACUUCCACAACACUGAGGUCCUGACUGAUGUCACAGAGUCCACCUCAGUGGAUGUGCUGCUGACAAACCUCAUCAGGGGGAAACUGCUUCCCUCUGCUCGCCUCUGGAUAACCACACGACCUGCAGCAGCCAAUCAGAUCCCUGUUGACUGUGUUGACCUGGUGACAGAGGUACGAGGGUUCACUGACCCACAGAAGGAGGAGUACUUCAGGAAGAGAUUCAGAGAUGAGGAGCAGGCCGGCAGAAUCAUCUCCCACAUCAAGACAUCACGAAGCCUCCACAUCAUGUGCCACAUCCCAGUCUUCUGCUGGAUCUCUGCUGGAGUUCUGGAGAAGCUGAUGAAAACCAGAGAGGGAGGAGAGCUGCCCAAGACCCUGACUGAGAUGUACAUCCACUUCCUGGUGGUUCAGUCCAAACUGACGAACGUCAAGUAUCAUGGGAAAUCUGAGAGAGAUCCACACUGGAGCCCAGAGAGUAGGAAGAUGAUUGAGUCUCUGGGAAAACUGGCUUUUGAUCAACUGCAGAAAGGAAACCUGAUCUUCUAUGACUCAGACCUAAAAGAGUGUGGCAUCGAUAUCACAGCAGCCUCAGUGUACUCAGGAGUGUUCACACAGUUCUUUAGAGAGGAGAGAGGACUGUACCAGGACAAAGUGUUCUGCUUCGUCCAUCUGAGUGUUCAGGAGUUUCUGGCUGCUCUUCAUGUCCAUCUGACCUUCAUCAACUCUGGAGUUAAUCUGAUGGCAGAAGAACAAACAACCUCCCGACUAUGCAAAGUCUUUAGAGACAAACCUGAACCAAAACAUCUCUACCAGAGUGCUGUGGACAAGGCCUUACAGAGUCCAAAUGGACACCUGGACUUGUUCCUCCGCUUCCUCCUGGGUCUUUCUCUGGAGACCAAUCAAAGACUCCUACGAGGUCUGCUGACACAGACAGGAAGUAGCUCACAGACCAAUCAGAAAACAACCAAGUACAUCAAGAAGAAGAUCAGCGAGGAUCUGUCUGCAGAGAGAAGCAUCAACCUGUUCCACUGUCUGAAUGAACUGAAUGAUGGUUCUCUAGUGGAGGAGAUCCAACAGUCCCUGAGAUCAGGAAGUCUCUCCACAGAUGAAAUGUCUCCUGCUCAGUGGUCAGCUCUGGUCUUCAUCUUACUGUCAUCAGAAACAGAUCUGGACGUGUUUGACCUGAAGAAAUACUCUGCUUCAGAGGAGGCUCUUCUGAGGCUGCUGCCAGUGGUCAAAGCCUCCAACAAAGCUCUAUUGAGUGGCUGUAAGCUCUCAGAGAGAAGCUGUGAAGCUCUGUCCUCAGUUCUCAGCUCCCAGUCCUCUAGUCUAAGAGACCUGGACCUGAGUAACAACGACCUGCAGGAUUCAGGAGUGAAGUUUCUCUCGGCUGGACUGAAGAGUCCACACUGUACACUGAAAACUCUCAGACUUUCAGGCUGUAUGAUUACAGAGGAAGGCUGUUCUUCUCUGGCCUCCGCUCUGAGCUCCAACCCCUCCCAUCUGAGAGAGCUGGACCUGAGCUACAAUCAUCCAGGAGACUCAGGAGAGAUGCUGCUGGAGGAUCCACGCUGCAGACUGGACACUUUCAGGGUGGACCAUGGUGGAGAGCACAGGUUAACACCUGGUCUGAGGAAGUAUUUCUGUCAACUCACACUGGACACAAACACAGUAAACAGAAACCUCAAACUGUCUGAGAACAACAGGAAGGUGACAUAUGUUGCAGAAAAACAGUCAUAUCCUGAUCAUCCAGAGAGAUUUGACUCCUGUCCUCAGCUGCUGUGUAAAGAUGGUCUGACUGGUCGCUGUUACUGGGAGGUCGAGUGGAGAGGAACAGUUACUGUAGCAGUGAGUUACAUAGGAAUCAGGAGAGGAUACAGUGACUAUUGGUUUGGAAUGAAUGAUCAGUCCUGGAGUCUGUACUGCUCCAAUGUUGGUUACUCUGGAUUAUUGGUCAGGCACAAUAAGAGAGUAUUCCACCCCUCCUCCUCCUCCUCCUCCUCCUCCUCCUCCUCCUCCUCCUCCUCCUCCUCCUCCUCCUCCUCCUCCUCCUCUGGUAGAAUAGGAGUGUAUGUGGACUGUCCUGCUGGCUCUCUGUCCUUCUACAGAGUCUCCUCUGACUCACUGAUCCACCUCCACACCUUCAACACCACAUUCACUCAACCUCUUUAUCCUGGAUUUGGUUUACUGUCCUCUUGUGCCUCAGUGUCUCUGUGUGGUCUGUAGGACGGAGACGACUUCCUGUCAUUUGGUCUGAAUGUUGGAUGAAGCUUCACUUUGUUUAAAAUUUGACUCUCUGAUUGUUUCUUUAAUGUCUCAAAUGUUUUCUUCUUAUAAACGGUGAAAUGAUCUCAGGGCUGAACUCUG